AAUAAAUACUCCAAAUCUAUUUUCUAUUUUCUAUUUUCUAUUUUUAGCCCAGGACGUCAGACCCCAGUGUCGCGAAAGCUGAACCGCAUAACCCCAAAACUCCCAAAACCCGUCCCUUCAACAACCUCAAAACACGCCCCAGAGCUGCCAUUGCCAUCGACGACCCCGACACCUUCAACGACCCUCAGGAACAUCCAAUCUACGAUUUAAACGGUCCGUUACCGUACCAACUCUCUGCACGCGGCGAAUACUCUCUCCCUCUAUAGUGUCAGCAUCAUGAGCUCCAAUCGAUAAGGAGAUCGCCGCCUCGUAUGCCUCCGUCGCGCGUACGUCUCCCCAGGAACCACCAACUUCCGAACCUCACUCACCUCCUCACCUGAACCUCAACCACCAGCGCGCCGACGCAAUGGCAUCCAACAACCCGUCGCCGCGGCAUUCCCAGUCCCCGCCGCAAUCGAUACCCCUCCAGAACCUCUCCCGCCCCCCCGACACUGACGCUGGCCCCAGCGAGGGUGAGCACAGGGGACACACCCGAGGCCGCAGCCUCAUGACUGGCAAUGCAGCCACGCAGGGCUCAGCAGUACGAUACUCGCGGUUAGACGACAGCUCGCCGAGCCCGACGCUGCGAGUGCUGCUGCCGAGCGGCCAGCACAUGCAACCGAGCGCGGAGGACGAGCUGUCGGGCGGCUCGCCGGUGGAAAACUCGCAUGCCUUCCAGAUGGCCAUCGUCGGACUGAGCAUGCCGUCGAGUAACCAACCGACGUCGCCGCGGAGUCCGGACCCGUAUGGCCCGAGUUACGGACGGGGAGAUGUGGGCAAUUCGCCUAAUGGUCCGCAGACAUACGGGGAUAUGGGGGAUGGGUAUUUUAAUACUACAACCGACUCGGAUCAGGUCGGGCUCACGGAUUCGAAUUACCUUGCACCCAUCAGCGGGGCGCCAAACCCCUCGACGCCGAGGCAGUCUUCAGACCGGGACCGCACCAGUUUCCAGAGCGUACGCUUCGACUCCCCACAGACGUCGCGCCAGUCGCGGCUGGGUGAUAACCUGGGGUCAUUGCCGAACGGGCGGGGUGGCGGGCGGGAGCGGUCACGCAGCUUUGGGAAGAGUCUGAGUCCAGAUUCGCGGCGUCUGUCACCGUCGCCGUCGCCGUCGAACGCAGGGCCGUUGACACGGGCAGGGUCUAUGAUGCGCGCUAUGUCACAGCGAGUGGUUAAUUUCAGUAAUGACGCCGAGCUGCCUGAGCCGGCAUAUCGAAGGAAGGACUCAGCAGAUGAAACGCUGCCUAAUUCCGGGCUUCCGCCUAUACUUGUCACGGACGAGGAGAAUACGGAUUAUGGACCUGAGAUGCAACAACUGCCCAUCGAGAAGGUCCCGUCGACCCCUACAGCCGAACUGCUCGAGGAGCCGGCAGCGCCACCGUGGCCGAUUACGAACCCUCUACGAGGGAACAGCCUGCGCGUCUUUGCGCCAGACAAUUACAUACGGAUGCGCCUCUGCGAAUUCCUAGUGCACCCGUGGACGGAGCCGAUAAUACUAAUACUGAUAAUCCUACAGACGGUUCUGCUGGCGGUGGAAUCGAGCAAGGACUCGUUCACGGACCCCAAGCCGAACACCUGGAGCGGCUCGCCCAUGGACUACGCAAUGCUGGCAUUGUUUGCAAUUUACACGCUGGAGAUCACGGCCAAGAUCAUCGUGUCGGGAUUCUUCUUCAACGCGGAGGAGUACAGUACGCGCACGGAUGUGAACCAGGGGCUUAAGACUACAUUCAUGUCCAAGUAUAUGACUUUCUUUGGGCCGCGGAGGCAGCAGUCCGUCAGAGUGCCGAGGCACCUUGAUGCGCCCCCUAUCUCGGAAGCUAUCAGUCGGACGUUUACAACAGCGAUGAAAACCCCAGUGGCGUAUCCCACUACAGUAGAGGAGCAGCAGCGGUACCAGCUCGCGCGGCGAGCAUUUUUCCGCCACUCGCUGAACAGAAUCGAUAUCGUUGCCGUUGUUGCGUUUUGGAUAUCCUUCGCUAUCGGAAUCACGGGGGUGGAGAUGCGGAAGCAUCUAUACCUGUUCAAAAUGAUUAGCUGCCUGCGAAUCCUUCGACUGCUGUGGCUGACGAAUGGUACGGCUAUCAUCCUCAAGAGCUUGAAGAAAGCAGCUCCGUUGCUGGUCAACGUGUCCUUUCUUAUCGGCUUCUUUUGGCUGCUCUUUGCCAUUGUGGGCGUACAGGCGUUCAAGUCAAGUUUCAGUCGCACGUGCACAUGGGUUGAUCCGCAGGGGCAGUCGAAUUACACAAAAGAUUUCAAGCUCUGUGGUGGGCAUCUUGAUAAGAUAUCGGGGAUUGCACUUCCGUGGACCUUCGAGGAUGGGACGAGUGGUGCCCGUGCGAGUAAGGGUUAUCUUUGUCCUCGAGGCUCCCUCUGUAUUGAAGGCGAAUCACUGUAUAAUGGAACAGUCAGCUUCGACAACAUUGUCAACUCGCUGGAGCUUGUCUUUGUUAUCAUGAGCGCGAAUACGUUUACGGAUUUGAUGUACUACACUACGAACUCCGAUUACCUAGCUGCAGCGCUAUUCUUCGCAGCCGGGAUCGUUAUCAUGUUGCUGUGGCUCACUAAUUUACUCAUCGCCGUCAUCACGUCCUCCUUCCAAGUCAUUAGAGAGGAGAGUAAGCGAAGCGCCUUCACAAUGAUCAACACCCCCGUCGCCGUUGUCGAGGAAGUCAAGCCCCGCAGUCGUUCCACCGUUCUCAAGAAGAUCUACAGACAAUCCUUCUGGUUCUGGAUCCUUGUCAUCAUGUUUGGCAUAGUGAGCCAAGCCUGCCGCAGCGCGACUAUGUCCGUAAGGCGCGCGAACUUUAUCUUCGUGGCCGAGAUCAUGGUGACCUUCGCGCUCGACAUCGAGAUCUUCUUCCGCCUUGCCAGUGACUUCCGCAAGUUCCCGCGCAGCUGGAAGAACGGUUUCGACACACUUCUCGCCAUUGUCACGACCGUCAUCCUCUUACCGCCGAUCCGCAACUCAGGGCAGCCGUAUGCUUGGCUUACCGUGUUCCAGAUCCUUCGAGUUUACCGUGUCGUUUGGGCGGUGCCGAUCACGCGAAAACUUAUCGAGAAGAUGUUGGGUAACGCGACUGGUAUCCUGAACCUGGUGCUGUUCGUGUUCCUGAUCACGUUUCUGAUUUCAAUCCUGGCGGUGCAGAUGUUUAGGGGCGAUAUACCGGCGUACGAUUCGGAUGGAAACACGGUGCGUACGACGUUCUUCUCGAUCUGGAAUGCGUUCCUGGGGCUGUACCAAAUCCUGUCGAGUGAGAACUGGACGAGCAUCCUGUACAAUGUGCAAACAUAUAACGAUCACCACAAUACGGCGUGGAUGGGCGCAAGUUUCAUUAUUGGCUGGUCCAUCCUGGCGUACUUUAUUCUAAUAAAUAUGUUUAUUGCUGUCAUUCAAGAGAAUUUCGACGUGUCCGAGGACGAAAAGCGCCUCGAGCAGGUCAAGGCCUUCCUACAGAAGAAAGAUGUCAGCAGCUCCUCGAGCAAUCUCUCCCUCUCAACCAUCUUCCGCUUUGGCAAGACCAAGAAGGCCAAAGACCCGCUCGACUAUGGCCAGUCCACAAUGGAAAUGCUGCUCAAAGCUUCCGUUGUGCGUGACUUCCUCGAUGACGAGAGCGGCGAGCCCCAGCCCGGCCUAAACACCUCUCACACCUUUGACAACGCGCCUGAAAUCGCCCCAGGCUCCCUGUCAGGGCUAUGGGGCAAGUUUGUCACGCAAGUCUGGCACCGCGAACCCAACCCAUUCUACUCGAGUAUUCGAAUCACCAAUGCCGCCGAGGGCCUUGACCCGCGCACUAUGGCGCGCGAAGCUGUGUCAGCAACUGCACUACGCAAGCGCGCCCAGCGCGACUAUCUCAACCGCCACCCGAGUUACAACACGGCAAUGUUCCUGUUCAAGCCGGACAACCCAAUACGGCGGUUCUGCCAGCGGAUCGUGGGUCCGGGGCGCGGUGCAGAGCGCAUCGACGGCGUGGAACCAAACAAAAUCGUGUGGUAUACAUUCUCAGCAUUCAUCUAUGCGGCGAUCUUGACGAUGGUGGUUCUAGCGUGUGUGACGACACCGUUGUACCAGAAGGAGUAUUUUGAGACGCAUAAUUUUGCGUUGCGGAACUGGUUCGUUUGGACGGAUAUGGCGUUCGCGGCAGUGUUCAGCGUUGAAGCUAUUAUCAAGAUGAUUGCUGAUGGGUGUUUCUGGACGCCGAAUGCUUAUUUCCGCAGUUUAUGGGGUUUCAUUGACGGAUGGGUGCUUAUUACUCUGUGGAUUAAUGUGAUUACAUCGUUCUUGAAUGACGGUGCUAUAUCGAGAGCAGUUGGGGCGUUCAAGGCUCUCAGAGCUCUGCGCUUACUGCAUAUCAGUGACAGCGCCAGAGAUACGUUUCACUCCGUCAUCUUCGUCGCAGGGUGGCGAGUCCUUUCUGCUAUAUUCGUCUCCCUAUCGCUGCUGAUCCCCUUCGCCAUCUACGGUGUCAAUCUCUUCAACGGCAAAAUGCAAGUCUGCAAUGACGGCGGGAGCGGCAUCAUCAAUCUCUCUGACUGCGUCGGUGAAUUCAACAGCUCACCCUUCAGCAGCGACUGGACGUUCCCUGCCCCGCGGGUGCCCGCAAACCCCUACUACGACUUUGACAACUUCGGCAGCUCGCUUUUUAUCCUCUUCCAGAUCGUGUCGCAAGAGGGCUGGAUUGACGUGAUGUGGAGCGCGCAGUCGAUCGUGGGCCGCGGGUUGCAGCCGCGGGACUUUGCAUCGCAGGGCAACGCGGUGUUCUUCGUGGUGUUCAACCUGAUGGCAACUGUGUUCGUCCUGACUCUGUUCAUCUCCGUCUUCAUGCGCACAUAUACGGAGCAGACGGGCGUGGCGUUCCUGACGGCCGAGCAGCGGUCGUGGAUGGAACUGCGGAAGCUGCUGCGGCAGGUGGCCCCAUCGAAGAGGCCGUCAACUAAAAGCAAGCCGAAGUGGAAGGAUUGGUGCUAUAAGAAGGCUGUGCAGAAGCAUGGGCUCUGGAGCCGGACGGUCACUAUUACACUGGUACUUCAUCUGAUACUGUUGAUGCUUGAGUACUACCCCGAGCCGUUCUGGUGGACGCGGACGAGAGACGCACUCUUCCUCUUCUUCACUGUCAUAUAUAUGGCAAACAUCGUUAUUCGGAUUGUCGGUCUCACGUGGCCGCGUUUCAGGCGCAGCUCGUGGGAUCUGUAUUCCCUAGUCUCGGUAACGGGGACAAUGGUCACGACUGUUUUGGUAUUUGCCAAGAAUGAUUCUGUUACGCUGUAUCAGCUACAUAACAUCUUCCUUGUCUCCAUCGCGUUGCUCCUGAUUCCCCGCAACAACGCGUUGGACCAGUUGUUCAAGACCGCCGCCGCGUCACUGACCAGCAUUGGCAAUCUCCUCGCGACCUGGCUUAUCCUUUUCCUCGUCUACGCCAUUGCCAUGACGCAGACCUUCGGGCUCACGCGCUUCGGCAGCCAAGGCACCAACAACCUAAACUUUCGCGACGUCCCGCGUGCGCUUAUCGUGCUCUUCCGCAUGUCCGUCGGCGAGGGCUGGAAUCAGAUCAUGAUGGACUACGCGAACAUGCGCCCGCCGCUUUGCGUGGAGGGUACGACCUUCUUCGAUAGUGACUGCGGCAGUUCGUCGUGGGCCUAUGCACUGUUCAUCUCAUGGAACAUCCUAAGCAUGUACAUUUUCGUGUCGCUGUUCGUGUCGCUCAUCUACGAGAGUUUCUCAUACGUGUACCAGCGGUCAAGCGGGCACGAGAUUGUCAACCGCGAGGAGACGCGCCGCUUCAAGCAGGCGUGGGCAACGUUUGAUCCGGAUGGAACGGGGUAUAUCACCAAGGAAGAAUUUCCACGCUUGCUCGGCGAGCUGUCGGGAAUCUUUGCGAUGCGUAUUUAUGAUGAGGAGGACUCUGUACGUCGUAUCUUGGAGGAUGUGCAGGCCCAGCCGAUGGGGUCAAGGACGACGUCCGUGGCGACUACAAGUGGUGCCAUGGGAAUUGAUCUCAAGAAGCUCAACGAUCGGAUCGCGCGGAUUGAUGGGCAGAAGGUGAGGGAGCGGAGGCACUUGUAUAAUAUCUUCUACGAGGAGGUGAUGGUUUCCGCAGACCCGGAGGUGGGUAUUUCGUUCACGAGCGUGCUUAUGAUCCUCGCGCAUUACAACAUCAUCAGCGACAACAAGAGCUUGAAACUCGACGAGUUCCUCCGCCGCCGCGCCCGCCUCCAGCGCGUCGAAGAGGAAGUCCAUCGCCGCGUUGUCAUCGGCUUCUUCGAUACCAUGUAUUGGGCGCGCCGCUUCCGGCGUCACCUCAACCGGCACUCACUCUCGCGCAUCACCGAGAUCUCGACCUUCCCCGUACCCGAGAUCUUCGUCGAGGGCGACGACGCCGACGCUCGCUCGGUCGCCGUAUCCGCCGACGGCGACGAAACCCGCCGCUCGAUGCGCGCGACAGUGGAUUUCUCAGACGGACACGCCAGCCUGCGCGAUAUGAUCGGUGGGCUGGGGAUGGGUGGGCUGCAUUCACGCGAUGGCAGUGUUGACAGUCGCGGCAGUCGCGGGGCCAUUAGCGGGCUCGGCAGCGGUACGAGCAGUCCGAGUCGCAGCCCUAGAUUGCGACCGCAUCGGACGAAUAGCUCGGUUAGUGGCGCAGCGAUGGAUAUGAGUGAUAUGGUUCCCGCGCGGAGGGAGGGAAUGCACAGUCGCAGUGGCAGUAUGGCGGGGGAGAUGGCUGUGGAGGCGUUUAAUGACAGUGCGUGGGGGGCGAGUAUGAGACGGAGCUACACGACAAGGAAGUCGGGGGAUAGGAGGACGUGAGAGCAGUGGUGUAAUGGGCGGUGUCAUGUGAUGCUAUGCGAUGGGUCGCUGGGCGGGGUGCAUGCAAGGCAUGAGAGACGUUUGAUGAGCGGGGUGUAUUUGUGGUUGGGGGGGUGUGGCCUGGCUAAUGGCUUAAGUUACGGGUUCAUUUUUUUGCACUCUUCGUUGAUGCCUCUGCAGCUGACUUCCUGUUCUGGGAGGCGCAGCGAGGCUGCUUUUGGAUUCCGCCACAAGGGGACAAGGCCCUGAUGGGUGCAUGGCGUGGAGUUUUUGGCGCAUGAUGGUUUUGUUUUUGGGGACGGGGUGUGCAUUGAGCGUGAGAGCGGGG